GAGGCGAGAGGCGGGCCGUCUGCAGCACGGUUUGAAUUCAAACGUCUGUGGCAGGUGGGGCCGCCGUUCCUGCCUCCUUCCUUUUUCAGGCGCGACGGGGGGGCUUUCGUUCUGAGGGGAGGUGAGCGAUGGCGUGUUGGAAGGCCUCCGAAGUUUCCUUCGGCCUGAGCGAUGUAAGAGAGCGGAUGCGGGAGAAGAAGAAUGGUGUCCUGAGGACCGCUAAGUUGAACGCCUCACUUGCAUCAAAAAUCAAAACGAAAAUCAUCAACAACUCCUCCAUUAUUAAAGUUUCCCUAAAGCACAACAAUAAAGCACUGGCACUGGCCCUCAAUGCGGAGAAAGCUAACGCACAGCGGCUUGCCAAGGAGAAGGUCGUCUUGCAGAUGGAGUUGGAGCAGUGCCACUUCCAGAAUGCUUUUCUGCGAAACAAGCUCUGCUUCCUGAAUAACGUCUUGAAAGAGCUUGAAAACCUUGUGGAGUCAGUCAAGAUGGCUCGACUUUCUGAGUUCCAUACAAGUCCUCUGUCUAAUGGCCAGAAGAACAGCAUGACUGAAGAUAGCUGGGCUGAUGAUGUUGCAGAUGGUCAUCUUCUGAGCACUGCAGCAAUGCCACUGAGGGUGCCAGUUUCAAAGCCAAGAGAUUUGAGACAGCAAAGUGGCAGCUCCACAGCAACACAGAAGUCCUCAUUAGAUCUUCAGAGAUGUGCUCCUGAUAAGCCCCUGGAAACUUUGUCUGUUGUUUCUGAGGAUGCUUUGCCACCACAGUUUGUUGGGAAACCUCAGUCCCACCAGAAAGAAAAUGGGAAGAAACAAAGUGAAGGAAUGGAAGCACAAGAGGCUUUUCCUGACUCAUGCCUUUUCAGAGAGUCCUUGUGUCCUACCCAACAUAAUCUCAAUGAUUUGUCAGCACGUGCCCAGGAAAGUCAUCCACUUCCAUAUGAAGAUGAGAUGGUGAGGCACUUCUGUGAUCGUCUCUCUCAAGGGCACGUUACACAGAGAAGAAAACGUUCCACUUGGUUUGCAUCAAGCACUCAGUCUUCAAGCGUGGAUAUCACCCCACAUGUCAGUUCAACUCAGGCAACCUCGUGUAGUAUUAAAAAGGAUAGCAGCAGCUUCAGCGAGAGCAACACACAGCCACAGCUGAAAUCUCCCAGCUCACUGGCUUCACCCGCUGAAGCCGCUGUUAGUCCCAAUAGAGGGUUUCCAGUUAAAGAAGCUGCUUGUGAUCAGCCACAGGCUGGAGAAACUGGGUGUAGUGUUGAAAUAGGUUCCAGCUCCAAUGAGGUCACGGAGUUUGUUCCUGUAAAGAUUAAAAGUAAAGUUAACUGUAAAACUGAUGAGAAAAAGACUGUUAAAAAAGCAAGUGGAGGAAGAAAGAAAACAAAUAUGAUUAAAACCAGUGUAAAAAAUGGUCCUGAUAUACCCCAAAGUGAAGAGAAUACCCAAAAUGCAAAGAAACCUAUUUUAUCAGAAGUUGCAGCGUGGCCUUGUGGGUCGGAGGCUUCUGAUACGGAGCAGAAGGCUUGUGUUGGAGCUUUGGACUUGAAGAACAAAGGCUCUGGUGCAGUGCAAUGUUCACAUUCUCCUAAUAAUGUCAGAAUCAGAAGAACAUACAUGGUGAGCCCACCACAGCUGAGUGAUCUUGGAAGUGGUGGCGUAGUGCAAGUUAAGAUAGAUGAAAUUGUUGAGUUCCCAAGCAUGGAGAGCAGCUUGUUAAAAAUCCCAGUUCAUACUGUCUCAAGUCAUGAAGUUCCCUCAGAUGAUUGCAGUCUGCAAAAGUUAUUUUUGUUGAGGGAUGGGACUUCAAGUGCACGUGCUUUACAGGAAGACUCAUCAAAUGUGCCCACAAAGAGUAUCAGACGGAAAACCAAUAGAAAAACUAGAGUAAUCAGUCGAAUAAAUGACUUUGAGGAGAAUUUGCUGAGCAGCAUGGAAAAACUACCUGAGGCCAAAGCUGAAGAGCAGUGUAAAAGCAGCCAGAUAAGGAGGAAGAAGACUGUCACAGAAAGCAGUGGUAGUGGUCAGAAGAAUGAAGGCAAUUUUGGGCCACUUACAGGUGUUCAGGGAAUAGCUAAAGAUGGCACAAAGGAUUCACUAGAUAAAUGUAGAAAGAGGACUUAUUUUGUCUGUCCUUCAGAUCUUACAGGAAGCUUGGGUUGUGUCCAAACAGAUUUUGAAAAGGAUGAAAUGGUACCAUCCAGGUGUAUUCCUGGGAGCAAAGCUAGCAAAAUUCCCAGAGUUCAGAGGAUGGUAGCUGCUCAGAACAACAAAAAACAAUCAGAGGAUCCUCAAGAAAAGGAGCAAACUAAAGUUGUCAACACCGAUUCUUUGGAAAAAGAAGGCAAUUGUGCACCAAGGCCUAGGAGGAGGAAGAGAAAAACCUCCGCUCCUCCAGAGACCAAUUCUGUAGCCAAACAGAGUGAUAGUGCCAGUGUCCUCCAUGAAAGUUCUUCAGAACUUGUAUCUAAGCAAACGGUACUAAUUGAGAAAUAUUCCUGCCCUGCCAAUCUGCUGUCUAAGGUGGAUGCCUCCCUGGAAGAGCAGAUAGCUGACAUAUCCCUUACAAACAAACUUACGGACCUCUCACAGAGCCUUGAGUCCUCCUCUGUCAUCUGUUCUACAGAUUUGCCUGUCAGCUGUGGGCUUACAGACCAGCCAGUUUCCAAAAACUCAGAGAUUGAAGGCAACAGAACUCCAGAAAAAUCCUCUCUUUGUCUAGAAAGCUCUCUGCUAUUUAAAGCAAUGGGGGCAGAAGAAGCAUCUGGGGGAAGAAACCAGGUUGUGUCAAGUCUUAAACGUUGUUCCCAGAGUUCACCUUCACAGGAACCUGAGAUCAGGCCGCUACAGGACUUGACCAAUGCCAGGACUCUAUCUCUCAUCCCCUGCUUGGAAGAAGUACCAGAACGCCCAUCCAGGCGGAGACCGGACCCAACCUGCUACAGAGAGCCAAGUCUCAAGUGCAAACUGAGGCGGGGUGACCCAUUUACAAACAGAGAGUUCCUCCACUCCCCUGUUUACAAAACCAAAAAGAAGAGAAAGCCCAAAACCAAGGAACUGACCAAGAAUAUCAAAGAAGAAUGGCUUCCUGUAGGAUGUUGUGCCAAGGCGAGCGAAGUAACAUCAAUGGGAGACAAGAAGCAAGAAGUGAUGUAGUAGUUGAACACGUAGCCUAUAAGUUCCUGCUUCUGUGUCUUUACUAGGAUGUCUCUAAUGUUCUGCAUAGCUUUUUUUAAAGUGUAAAUAAAGUCUCCUACAUAGAUAAUAUAAAAACCUUGUGACAUCUAUCCCUCCCCUGAGUAUUGAAUGUACAAACUUCAUUUUAUGAAGGGCUCCCCCACCUCAGUCGGGGUUACCUACUGAUUUUGUGGGGCCUUUCUGUUUUCAAGGGCUUACCUUCCAGCUGGGGUCCUUCAAGGAGGUGAGCAGCCAGCCCAGUCUUAUAGCUACACCUGCGUGGAGCUGCUAACCUGUCCUUGUGUUCCCAUCAUUCACAAAAAGUAUCAAGAGAAGCGAUAGCUUCAAAUUCUUGUGCACUACCUGAUGCUUACCAUCACAGGGCAGCUGAUGCAUUACCACAAGCCACAACAAAAUAAAACUUUGCUCUGAGAUGGAAGAGGAAAUUAUUUCACAUUUACAUCAUGUUCCAACUCUCUGGUCCAGUAUGCAGUGGACUGUUGUGUUUCUGUGGCAGAAUUUCACCAUUGCUCCUACUCGCAUAAAGGAAACACAGACAAAAAAUGUUAGUUGGCUUUUAUUUUAGUCUGAACUAAACUGUUCUUUAAAAAAAAAACAACCAACAAAAAGGAUGGAAUAGUUCUUCACAGUCAUAAGCUGACUUGCUGUAUCACAGUAAGUGUAUGUGAUACCUCAGACAACUGGAGAAACAUUCUGCACCUUAAUGAAUUGCACAGGAGGGGGAAGACAGAACAGUUCCUAUGAUUCACAUCCAGUCAGGAGGAAUAUAUCUAAAUGCACAGCCUGCAUUUAGGAUACUGCUGCAGUUUUAUUAGGCUUUUAGCCUAUAGGGUUUGUUUCCAGCAUUUUCUAAGUGCU